UCAUCUCUCCAUUGGGGAACAAUUGCCGAUUCCCGUCACAAACCUUUUCCGCUACUAAUUGCCUCCUGUUUCUUUUCUUAUGUUCCCGGGAUUAUCCUAACUGUUUUCCAACGGUCGAAGUUUCAACACUCACCAGACCAGUUUGCUGAGAAGAAACACCAUGAUUUCUCCAUCUCUUAGAUCUCUGCCCCUCAAUGCCCGCUUUUCGCACUUUCUGUCCCCAAAUCAUAAUAGGAUUUUAUCCAAAGCAAGUCUUCAUUUGCACAAGACAUGGAAGCACUCUAUGAGUUUAAGCGAAAUGCCCGCCAUCAACGAUGGGAUUUUGAGGAUUAACGGAAAAAAUGCGCUCACUUGCGUUCCAGACAAUGUCAUUGUUACUCCAUGGGAAAAUGCUUCAGCUUUUGUCGGUGCAACUUCAACUCAUAAGAGUUGCCGGCAUGUUUUCAAGCUGGGAGUGAUUCAGGAUGUCAGAUUGCUUUGCUUGUUUCGAUUUAAGAUUUGGUGGAUGAUACCUAGGAUGGGGACCUCUGGAAGUGAUGUUCCCAUUGAGACACAGAUGUUGCUCAUGGAAGCAAAGGAAGAAGAAACUAUUGCUGCUUCUGAUAGAUCUACAUCCUAUAUUCUCUUCUUGCCUGUGCUAGAUGGAGAAUUUAGAAGCAGUUUGCAGGGGAAUUCUGCAAAAGAGCUUGAGUUGUGUGUUGAGAGUGGUGAUCCAACUAUUAUUGCAUCUCAGUCUUUAAAAGCAGUUUUUGUGAAUAGUGGAGACAAUCCAUUUGAUCUCAUGAAGGAGUCCAUGAAGAUGUUGGAGAAGCACAAAGGGACCUUUUCACUUCGUGAAUCCAAGAAGAUGCCUGGAAUGCUGGAUUGGUUUGGUUGGUGCACCUGGGAUGCUUUUUAUACAGAAGUUAAUCCUCAGGGAAUCAAAGAUGGCUUAAAGAGCUUAUCUGAAGGGGGCACUCCAGCAAGAUUCCUAAUAAUAGAUGAUGGGUGGCAAGAUACAACUAAUGAAUUCCAGAAAGAUGGAGAGCCCUUUCCUGAAGGAUCACAAUUUGGGGCCAGAUUAGUCAGCAUCAAGGAAAACACCAAAUUUCGGAAAAAUGAAGCAGCAACAGACCUAAAGGAUUUUGUGUCUGAAAUUAAAAAGGAGUUUGGUUUGAAGUACGUCUAUGUAUGGCAUGCACUGAUGGGGUACUGGGGGGGAGUUCAUCCAGAUGCCCCUGGAACUAAGAAAUAUAAGUCGAAAUUGAGAUACCCAGUACAGUCACCUGGAAAUUUAGCUAAUAUGAGGGAUAUAUCCAUGGAUUGCAUGGAGAAAUAUGGUGUUGGUACCAUUGAUCCAGAUAAAAUUUUUGAAUUUUAUGAUGAUCUACACAGAUAUCUGGUUUCUCAAGAUGUGGAUGGGGUUAAGGUAGAUGUACAAAACAUUCUGGAAACAAUAGCAACUGAUUUGGGAGGUCGAGUAUCACUCACCCAAAAGUUCCAGCAGGCACUCGAGAAGUCAAUAGCUGCAAACUUCAAGGAUAACAGCAUAAUCUGCUGCAUGGCUCAAAGUACAGAUUCUAUUUAUAAUUCAAAAAAAAGUUCUAUCACCAGAGCAUCUGAUGAUUACUGGCCAAAAAACCAAGCAUCACAGACAUUGCACAUAGCUGCAGUGGCUUUUAACAGCAUAUUUCUUGGUGAAAUUGUAGUCCCAGAUUGGGACAUGUUCUAUAGCCGCCACUAUGCAGCUGAGUUUCAUGCAGUCGCUCGAGCUGUGGGAGGCUGUGGUGUUUAUGUUAGUGACAAACCUGGCCAUCAUGAUUUCGAGAUACUUAAAAGGCUUGUACUUCCCGAUGGAUCAGUUCUUAGAGCUAAAUACCCUGGGAGGCCAUCACGAGACUGCUUAUUUAAUGAUCCAGUUACAGAUGGGAAGAGUCUUCUGAAGAUUUGGAAUCUGAACAAGUUUUCUGGAAUUCUAGGCAUUUUCAAUUGCCAAGGUGCAGGAAUCUGGCCAUGUUUGGAUAAGAAUGUUCAGAACAGUAGCGAUCCCGAGCUAUCUGGACAUGUUAGCCCUGCUGAUAUUGAGUAUUUUGAAGAGAUUUGUGGAGACACAUGGACAGGAGAUUGUGCAGUCUUUUCUUUUAAUUCAGGAUCUCUGUCUAGAUUGCCAAAGAAAGGAUUCUUGGAUGUAUCAUUGAAAGUCUUGCAAUGUGAUGUGUUUACUAUAUCUCCAAUCAAGCUUUACGAUCAAAGGGUUCAGUUUGCACCAAUUGGAUUAACAGAAAUGUACAAUUCUGGAGGGGCUAUUGAAGAAAUGGAAUUCUUCUCUGACUCAUCUCAAUGUGGUAUAAAUAUAAAGGGGAGAGGGCCAGGUCGUUUUGGGGCAUAUUGUAGUGUAAGACCCAAAUUUUGCACUAUGAACGGUAAGAAAGAAGAAUUUCAGUUCAAAAGUGAAGAUAAUUUUUUGACAAUAACGGUUCCUUCUGGAAUCAAUUGUUGGGAUAUGGCUAUUUACUUUUGACUCUUGAUUUUUUUUUUUUGGAAAAAGCCUCCUUUUGCAUUUCAGUUAUAGUGGCCUACAUUAGUGCUUUCAUUGGGAGGAUAUUGUUUUUUCAAAAACUCAUUAUAUGUAAAAGAGGUUGCUUCUUUGAGAUGCAUGCCAUCUCUCUUCAAUUUCAAGUUGUGUAAUUUUGAUCA